CACUUCAAAAACAAACAGUGCAAAUCUUUCCCUUUCUUUUUAUUUUCUCAAUCAAAUCUCUUGACAAUUUUUGUUGCUGUUGUUGGCAGCUGCCCACUUCUUGAAAAAGUUCCUUCUUUCUGCAAAAUCCCGAAGAAGAAGAAGAAGCAGCAGAAGAAGAAUCUUUUGAUUUAUUUGUCACUUUCUUUGUUUUUCUUUGAUGAAUUUUAGGCAACAAGACGGCUACUCUUUAAUAUCUUUUCUUCUUCCUGUUGAGAUAUCUCGUUCCUUGAAACAAUUGAAAAGAUCUUCAAAAUUUGUUUUUUUUUCUGAGAUCUUGAGUGAGAUUUGAAAUACAUCGAAAUUUCGAAAUUGGGUCAUCGAGAUUCUUUUCAAAAUAAAUAUAUAAAACCUACAAUGCCAUGGGAACGGCACCAUGGUAAGAUAAGAAAACGAGGGUGUUCAUCAUCGUCUUCUUCUUCAUCACUGAUCCGAAACUACAGAUUCAAGCAUUCAGUUUUGGUGGCGAAAAAAGCAGGAUCGACAACCCCUGUUCCUUCAUGGAUUACAGCUACAACGGAACCGCCUUCUCUAGCAAUGGAAACCGCUCAGUUCCCAGUUUCUGCUAGAAAGCUAGCUGCCACUUUGUGGGAGAUUAAUACAAUUCCUUCCCCAGAAGCUAAACAAGUAUUGGAGAAGAAAGAUAAGAGGAGAAAAGCCCCUAGAGUUUCGAAAAUGCUUCAUGUUUUGCCGCAAAAUUUGUCUGAUCCGUCGAAUAGUCCGUUUACAGAGAAAAUGGAUCGAGGCAGAGUGAAAUCUCACAGGAGAAGAUCUUCAAUUGUUUCUCAAAAGCUUCAGGUUACUGACCGUAGUUUCAUGGAGAUUGAUGAAGCUCAUUCUAGAGGUAAAAAUCAUGGUGGAUGCAUCAUUGGAAUUAAAACUCGUUUAAAUGAUGUCAGUAAUUGCUUAGCCACUUCUAAUGAACUCGUUGAAGUUUUGAGUCGAGUUUGUGGACUAGACGAUAAACAUUCGAGGAGCAUGUCAUUAGUCUCGGCACUAUAUGUCGAACUCGACCGAGCUCAAAUCCAUGUUGAUCAAUUGAUACGAGAGCAACGAUCGAAUCACGAUGGAAUCGAGCAUCUCAUGAGGCAUUUUGCCAAACAAAAGGCCGCUUGGAAGAGGAACGAGCGCGAGAGAAUCCGUGAUGCCAUAUCGUGCAUUGCCGAAGAGCUCGAGGUGGAGAAGAAACUCAGGAGGCAAACCGAGAGAUUUAACAAGAAGCUCGGGAAAGAAUUGGCUGAUACGGCGGCAUCACUGUCCGAGGCAAUGAAAGAGCUCGAAAGUAAGAAGAGAGCAAAAGAGAUUUUGGAGCAAGUCCGUGAUGAAUUGGCUCGAGGUAUCGGAGAAGAUCGAGCUACGGUCGAAGAACUGAAACGAGAGUCAGCUAAAGCGCAUGAAGAAAUGGAAAAGGAAAGGGAAAUGAUUCAAUUCGCAGAUGUAUUAAGAGAGGAGCGAGUCCAGAUGAAGCUCUCCGAAGCUAAAUGUCAUUUUGAGGAGAAGAAUGCAGUUGUUGAAAAGUUGAGGAAUGAACUUGAGACCUACCUAGGAACCCAACUAAACGAAGAAAAUGUCGACGGUUCGCUGAAUCUGCAGAGGAUCAAAGAGCUUGAAGCCUAUUUGAAGAAGAUCGAUUUCGGUUCCGGCCAAAUGGUCAAGAAAUUUGCGGAUAAACUCGAUGUUAUGGACGGAGAAGAGUGCGAAGCAGAUGAUUCAGCCGAUAGUGAUCUUCACUCCAUUGAAUUAAACAUGGAAAACAAUGACAUGUGCUACAAAUGGAGUUAUGCUCGAGGAAAUAUAGUCGGAGGCGGAUCGAAUAAGUUUCUGAUCGAAAACGACUGUAAGGAGAGGAAAUCGCUUUCCGAGACGAAGUAUCUUGCUUCGCAAGUUGAGGCACGUGAUUACGAAGAUGAGAUAAAGAGACAUAGAUCUGUAGAGAGUCUUAGAGAUCACAUAUUAUCAAGUAACAAAAUAGCUCCUAUCCAAAGCUUUCCGAGUCCGACUCGGCAAUGGAGCCAGUCCAUGCACCUCGAGGAUGCCGGAGCCAGGACUGGCUCGCCAGUGUUGAAGGCGGAUGGUUUGAACCCUAAGCUUGUUGGCUCAUUAAGUGAAGGCCGAACUUCAGCAAGAUAAGAGAGAAGAAACUUGCCUUUUUAUUUGUUUUUCUUUUCUUUUUUGCUUUCUUAAUGCUAUGUUGCAUUUUCUUGAAUUCAAAAGCAGUUUUUUUUUUUAAUGUUUGAAUCAAUCGGCAAACUCAGAAUUGCUGAGAGGCUGAGACUGUAAAAUAAAGUUAUGAAUUGCUAUAAUUUAUGAAUACAAUUGGAGAUAUUUU